GGUAUUUGUGUGUAUUUUCCAACGAGACUUAACAUUUGGAGCCUACUUUGAUGAAGUUGGGACUUUCAGGAAGUUUUAUGCGUACUUCAAUAAACCAGAAAGAGGAUUUAAUGGAGGAAUCCAAGAGUGAAGCAAACCCUGGACAUUUCUUCCAAGCACUUAAUAUCGGAUGAUAAUUCAUAUGGCGUGAAGGUGUCUACCCACAGGAGCUUAACCCGCUUCUCUUUUUGGUGAAGUGUUGGAGCGCACAAGAACAACUCCGACGCAAGUGACUUUUUUUAACUGAACAAUUUGGUCAUUUGGGGAAAACGCAAGCGCCCGGACUGAUAACACCCUGGUCAUUUCAAAGUUGGAUAUACAAUGACAAGCUGUUGGUUUGCUUUCGCGGGGUUGUGGUGGAGUUCUUAUUGCAUGUUCCUUAUAGCAGGUAGCAAUUAUUUAUUCGAUGGCAACAACGAAGUUCACCCGAGCUUCGUUCAUCGGAGGUUACGGACUCACGAGAAAAGGGAGAUGCAGAAAGAGAUCUUGUCUAUUCUCGGACUGCCACAUAGACCAAGACCUCACCUUUCUCACGGCAAGUACAACUCUGCGCCGCUCUUUAUGUUGGAUUUGUACAAUACCAUAUCUAACGAAGAGAAGAACGAAGUGGACGGAAUUCUGGAUCAGUAUAAAUCCAUGUUUACCACACAAGGACCCCCAUUGGCAACUUUUCAGGACAGUGCUUUCCUGAACGACGCCGAUAUGGUCAUGAGUUUCGUAAACCUGGUGGAGUUUGACCGGGAGCUGUCUCCGGCGCGACGGCACCAUAAGGAGUUCAAGUUCAACCUAUCGCAGAUCCCCGAGGGGGAGGCGGUCACGGCCGCGGAGUUCCGCGUCUACAAGGAGUGUGUCAGCCGCGCGUUCCGCAACGAGACGUUUCUGCUCAGCGUGUACCAGGUGGUGGGGGAGCGGCCCGGCAGGGAUGCGGACCUGUUCCUGCUGGAGUCUCGGAGGCUGUGGGCGGCUGAGGAGGGCUGGCUGGAGUUCGACAUCACGGCCACCAGCAACCUGUGGGUCAUGAGCCCCAACCACAACCUGGGCCUGCAGAUCAGCGUGGAGACCCUCAGCGGCCAGAGUAUCAGUCCUAAGGCGGCGGGGCUGGUGGGUCGUGACGGGGCGCUGGAGAGGCAGCCCUUCAUGGUGGCGUUCUUCAAGGUGAGCGAGGUGCACGUGCGCUCUCCACGGUCUGCAGGGCCCAACGGAAAGCGCCGCCAGCAGAACCGCAACCGCUCCUCGCAGCCACAGGACUCGUCACGCGGCCCUGGGCACACAGAUUACAACAGCAGUGACCAGAAGACGGCCUGUAGAAGACAUGAGCUCUACGUCAGCUUCAGAGAGCUCGGCUGGCAGGACUGGAUUAUCGCGCCUGAGGGCUAUGCAGCUAACUACUGUGAUGGAGAGUGCUCCUUCCCCCUCAACGCACACAUGAACGCCACCAACCACGCCAUCGUGCAGACGCUGGUGCACCUGAUGAACCCCGAGAAUGUGCCGAAGCCGUGCUGCGCCCCUACCAAGCUGCACGCCAUCUCCGUGCUCUACUUCGACGACAACUCCAACGUCAUCCUCAAGAAGUACAAGAACAUGGUGGUGCGCGCCUGUGGCUGCCACUGAUACAACACAACUCCCAAAUGUCUCAAAUGUCCACAACUUCCCAAACUCUCCCAACCCCCCCAUGUCCAACCUCCUGAAAUCCCCAGCCAACCACCUGUGGCUGCCACUGGCAACACAACCUCCCAGGCAAGGACAACCUUAACCCAAGCCUCCAAUGUCUCUCCAA